AUGGCCGAUGUUGAUGCCCUGAUGAAGGCUAUCGACAAGGACAACUCAGGCAAGAUCGAUGCCAAAGAAUUGAAAGCAGCGCUUUCCGACUUGAAGCUUGAUGAUGACGUUUUCCAGGCCUUCAUUGACAAGCAUGACAAAGAUGGGGAUGGAGAAUUAGACCGGGAGGAAUUAUUCGAGUUCUUCAAGAGUGUUGUUGGUUAG